AUGGUUCUCGAAGAAAUAGACCGUCCACGAGACGGCGAUCAAGACGCGCCAUUCUCCGAAUCCUUACCGAAUGACGACGUCGACCCAUACGCUGGCGAUCGUUCUCCCACUAUACUAGACAGUCGAUCUCCCAGCUACAUACCCGUGAACUCGCCGCCGCAUCAGGUAUACGUCAACCUCAACAACGUACCUCGCCCAUGGGGCAUUUUAGGUCCUAAAGAGCACUCACCGCCCGUGAUUACUGCCAUUCAAGGUACCUGCAAACAAGCCUCGGGAAUCCUUGGUCGACCUGUGAAUCAGCAAGAGGCCGACGCUUUGGCAUAUCACAUGGGGCGGGCGAUCAGAAUAGGCGGCUACGGACCACCAAUUGGUAUAGCUAUUGGCACUGUGUUGGCAUAUCGCGGCAUUCCAAAGAUGAGGUUCCCAGGCUACACUCCGGGCGCGAAAUUCAAUGCUGAGAAGUUUGGGCCAAUUAAAGGCGCACUAGCUAAAAGAAUGUGGCAGAUGAUGAGAUUCAAUGCAUAUUGGUUAGUUGGGGCUUUGGUAGGAGACAUACUUUUCGGCUCGUACGCGUUGACGGUUGGCUCAACGGCGCGAUUGAUGGAUCCGAGAUUGAAAGAGUUUGCCGAGGCGAUAAGGACGAGAGCGAAGAAUGGCUCGCCCAUUGAGGGAAGUGGUGAGAGGGAUCACACUGCUGGCCCGAGAAAUGGUGAGACUAUGGAUAUGGCAAAGCAGAGGAGAAGGGCACAGGAAGCGCAAGAUGCUUGGAGAAGAAGACGGCAGGAAGCGACGGGUCAGGCUUCGGCAUCUUCAACGCAGGGCGAUGACAUGAGCCCGACAGGAGGUGCUUUCGGAUCGGAAUAUCUUGAUCUUGGAUCAGCACCCGUCACUGACACAGGUAUGAUGAGCGACGACCAAGUACGACGAUCAUCACAAAGGCUGGAGGCUCUGCAACGGGCAGACUACGCUGAGAGGAAUGAAUCCGCACAAUCACGUCCACAAACAAGACCACAGAGGACAGAAGAAAAGUCUCAAUCCACUCAGAACACUUCGUUGCCAAAGUCAGGAGGCAGUGCAUGGGAGCGAAUACGGCAGCAGGCUGCGUCCGGAGGUCAGCAGCAGUCAGGGACUAGAAACACUGCGUCGAGUAGGAGUAGCCCAAGCUCUGACAGCUUUUCCUUCUCGUCUAGUGAAGAAGACAAACAGCUUGCUCGCGGUGAAGCUCAAAGAGACUUUGAUGCACGGUUAGAGCAGGAGCGCCAAGGCAAGGACUUUAAUGACAGAAGCUCCGGUAGGAGAUGGUAG